CAGAAGGUAUUUUUGCAGAUCGCCACAUUAUUUCAUAACUGUACAAUCACAACGAAAAGAGAGCGAUAUAUUGGGACCGAGCGAAUCAAACAGCAAACGUUGCAACUGACGAACAAAACAGAAUACACUAGUUGUCCACAACAAAGAAAUGCAUAGACAGAACCGACACAGUUCUGCGUCAACUAUUCGAUCCUCCAUUGACAUGGCAUUUUCAAUCCACUCUCCAGAAGAAAAGUCAUCACACAAUGAUCGAAACAUCAGCAACAAUAACAAGAGUGGCAAAGAAUUCAAGGACUUCCUCAAAAACCUGCACCGACUCCUCGACGAACACAGUAUCGGUAGCAGCGGCCAGCGUAUCGUUUCGUGGAACUCCGACGGCCUGUCCUUUCAAAUCCAUGAUUCACAAAAAUUCGAACGGUUAUUACUUCCCCUCUAUUUUAGUACCGAUCAAAAGUACCGCUUUGCCAUCGAAAGAGGGUACGAGUCCUUUCUUGAUCGGCUUCGAGACUAUGGGUUUUAUCGCAUCACAAAUGAGGGCAUUUACAGGGACACUUUCAGUCACCCGUUGUUCAUUCGAGGAAAAGAAUGUUUGUCUCUGCGUAUAGAAAGCCAACGAGAACAACAGUCUCAAAUCUUACGGAGAAAUAGCUGGCCAAUGCCACCUCUACAGAUCGCCAAAGUAUUCGAAUCAACAACGACGUCGGUGGGGAUGGAGGAAGCAACGAACCCAAAACCCCAGUAUAAUCAUUUUUCGAAGGAAGUGAGCCAUCAAAGCCCUAAACCCAGAAAACUUGUUGUGCCCAUCAAAGCUUUUGCUGCACAGUCAAUCGACAAACCUCUAGCCUUUCGCCAAUCGCUUCAGCGACGGAAGCGACCAACUUGGAACAACGCUUCAAAAAAAUCAAUUGGUAGAAGCAGCACCAUCGACGACAUCAAUGAAAAUGCUACCAGCAACAUCAUCGAUAAUGGGAACAAUAGCUUUUGCGUCGAGACUAGCCUUACAAGUGAUCUCUACUUUCAUGGAAGCGAGGAUACCGAUGAAACAGUAAUAUCAACACCAGGUCAUUCGAACGACAGCGUGAGUUUUAACACAGAGUCUCCUCUUCGAUGGCAGCAACGUUCGGAACAGCGGCCGACAAUAGACACCAAUUCCAACAAUGUAGAACCCUUGGACGUGAACUGUUGUCAAGAAGACGACCUGGGCUCAAUUUUUGAUGACGAAAUUGCUGAGGCGUUGUUGUCGGACCUAUGACGGAACACCGUGUAAUCCAAAAUAGAGCACCAUUAUGUAAAAUUUUGCAAAGUACUUGUGACAUCAAUAAGAAACCAAUAUUUUGAUCCAUCGAGUUCAACAGCACAAAAUCUAGAAGUAGAGAUAUCAAACUGCAGUUGCCAUCAUCGAUAUUUUUUAAUUGUAUAUGUUAUUGUUGAUUGACUUCCAAUUUCUUGCCAUUAAACAAUCUUAGAUUAU